UAAGAGUGAGAAACUCUGCGUAGGCUUCGCUUCGAAUACAGUAAUCAGUUGUUUGAGGUACACAUAACUAUGAAAGUCGCAAUACCCUUGUGCAUCAUACUACCGUUUGUGGCGGCAUUUCUGUCAACCCCUCUGGAAGACAUCCCCGACUCUUCAAAUGGUCACCUCAUGCCCUUGGUGCUGGAAAAGGAACCAUCCAAGAAACCACCCGAAAUAAAAAAAACGAGAACCAACAAUGAUGAGGUCGAAGGUACAGAAAUGGAACAAAUGCUUCAUGGUCAGGCCAGGUGGAUGAGUAAUAUUAAAGAUGAGGGUUUGCGUGAAGAAGCUAUAUUCAACGCAUUGAAGGCAGAGAAGAUUCAAUCCAAAAUUAAUGGGGAACUUUCUGCAAGAGUUAAAUUCCUGUCAGGAAAGCUAUGGAUUGUGAGAGCCCGAAGUGCAAUUGAAGAUGUUGAAAGGCGAUUCAAAAUAGCAAGAAUUACACUCUCAAAUGAAGAGGCAGAAGGUGCUACCGACGACUUUGAAUACAGGAGAAUACUUAGAGAAAAACGCUGGAAAAUGAUCUUUAAAAUUCAUAAGGGCAACUGGGAGAUACGUGAGAUAAUAACUAAGAUUCAAAGCAAGAACAGCGAUGUGAAAGCGUUAGACGAUUUUGCAAGCGACAUUUCUGUGGCUUACUCGUUAUUAUCUGAUGACAUUCACAGUAAUGUGUUCACAAAGGGUACGAUGACCGAUCCGAUAUUUACUGCACAUUUAAAGAAAAAUACAAAAGCAAGUUCUGCGGUCCAAUUGUUACUGUCCUUGCUUGAUUUAGAGCCUCCCGGCCACGCGAGAAAAAAACGCAAUGCCAACCCUAGUACCAGAGAAAAUUAACGGUUAAACCGAUGAUGGAGAGACUAACAAGAAUAGAGAUCAAUGUAAACUAGAAAUUACAGUUAACAUGUGUAAAUUUAUGUUAAAAAUAGCUAACAGAAAUCAUGGGUUUCUUUCUCGUUAAAAAUGGGAAUAAAGCAGGAAA